UCAGUCACAUCAGGCUGUGUGUGGGCUGGCCACUCUAGCAAACCAACAGUCCCUGGAGAAGCAAGGCCCCUAAAAGGAGCCCAGGGAUACUGGCUGCCCCCUUUAGGUUCUUAAGUGCAAAUUUUGUUUUUUGUUUUUUUUUUCUCCUAUCAAGGACUCACUAUUUUUUUGGAAAACAAGAUUUAUUUUUGUUUCUGAGUAUGUGUGUCUUUGUGCGUGCUGGUGCCUGGGUGCCUGGGGAAGCCAGAAGACGGCAUCAGAUCGCCUGGAGCUGGAGUUUCAGGCCGUGUUACUGGAAGUGGAGGGCUCACCAAAGGGAGAAAGGGAAGGGUGGUGGGAGGCGUCAGAAGGAACAGGGGAGACUGAUGGAAACCAGAGGGUGAGCGGUUCCUAGAGGAGACGGCGGUCCUCUCCACUCUACUUCGCGCACUACACGGCCAAGUCAAGUCUCCAGUCCCUACGGCCUGCGACGGUUCUUCUGUGGCUGUUUUUGUUGUUUGUUCGUUUUCCGCCAGAGAAAUCGCUUUUCUUUUUGAGGUCCUUCCACGUUGCUCGUUUAAAUAACUGAAUUUUUGAGUGUCGAUCUUAUACAACACGUCAACAAACACUUAUUAAAAUAUUGCAGGCCACGUGACAUUUCCACAGCCGUUUCCUCCGGGAUGUCAAGGUGGAGCGGACGUCCUGUUUUUUUUUACAGCUGAGGAAACUGAGGCCCCCAAAUGGCAACUUCCUCCCACCCCGGCUUUCACCGUUAGUGACCGAGCGCAGUUUUCUCUGGAUUGGACCAAAACUGGGGCCUGAGAUUGCUCCCAACAGCACUGACCUGAGGCCAGUCACUUCCCUGCCUCCCGGCAGGCAGGCCAAAAGCUGUGGUUUGCAGAUGGAUGCCAAUCCUCUACCCUUCCACCAGGGUGGUUUGUUUCCGGAUGGGGCGAACCAGGCCGCGUGGAAGGCCAGGACAGUGAACCAUGGAGCUGUAUUUUGGUGAAUACCAACACGUACAACAGGAAUAUGGCGUCCACCUGAGACUGGCCAGUGAUGACACCACCAAGCAAAGGCAUUCCCAGCCCUCCAAGGCAGGCUCCUAUGGUGUCAGUAUUAGGGUCCAGGGAAUCGAUGGCCACCCCUACAUAGUCCUGAAUAACACUGAGCGGUGUCUAGCAGGCACACCUUUUCCAGAAAAUGGACCAUCAUUUCCAUCUCCAGUGAUAAAUAACUUGUCCAUACAUUCCAGCAACGGGCCCGUGUUGAAGAACAACACAGAAGAAUUACAGCUUCCAGAAAACCCAUGUGCUCAGUCCAGCCCGAUCAGAAACCUGAAACAGUCCUCCCUCCAUGAGGGCAAGAACGGGGUUCUAGAGCGCAAAGACGGGCAGGUGAAACCACCCCAUGUACUCAAUUUCCAGAGACAUCCAGAGCUAUUGCAGCCCUAUGACCCUGACAAGAAUGAGCUGAACUUGAAGAAGCGCCACCCUCCGGAGAGCAGCUGGCUGAGACACUUAGAGGAAGGGACCGAGCAUAAGAAACCCUGGACUGGCUUCCCGAGACCCAGCAAGUCCCAGCCCACCAGCCCCCCGGCCGAGGACCCAGCCAAGGCCAGCAUGACAGCCAUCCGCCUCUGCAGCUCGGUGGUCAUAGAAGACCCUCAAAAGCAGACCUCGGUGUGUGUGAAUGUUCAGAGCUGCGCCAAGGAGACGGCGGGGGAGGAGUCCCUCUCCCCUAGAAGGAGAUCCCCGACGGUCCCCAGCCCACAGGCCUACCCCGAAACCAAGAAAACCAGGCCAGAUGUUCUUCCCUUCCGGCGACAGGAUUCCGCAGGACCCAUCCUGGAUGGAGCUCGGUCCCGGAGGUCUUCCUCUUCAUCAACGACUCCCACGUCAGCCACCUCCUUGUACAGAUUUUUACUGGAUGAUCAGGAAUGCGCCAUCCAUGCUGACAACGUCAACCGUCAUGAGAACAGAAGGUACAUCCCCUUCAUGCCAGGAACCGGGCGGGAUAUUGACACCUGCUCAAUUCCUGGUGUGGACCAGUUAAUUGAAAAGUUUGACCAAAAACCUGGGCUUCAGAGAAGAGGAAGGUCUGGGAAGAGAAACCGAAUCAAUCCGGACGACAGGAAAAGAUCUCGAAGCGUGGAUAGUGCCUUUCCUUUCGGUCUCCAGGGGAACCCUGAGUACCUCACAGAGUUCAGCAGAAACCUGGGCAAAUCCAGUGAGCACCUCCUGCGCCCAUCCCAGGUGGUCCCGCAAAGGCCACCUGCCCAGGAGCGCCGUGCAAAACAGAGUCCAGGCCGCACACUUGCAAAGCUGCAGGGUGCCACACAGGGCACCGAGGGUGCUCACCCCAAGCCUCCCCAGCAGAACAAUGAUGAGAAAGCUCUGGAAAACAAAAGAAGUCAGGAAAGCAUGGUAGUUCGUGCCUUCUCCCUUCCAGCACAGAAUAAAAAGGAGGAAGAGGUCAAGAUAGCCACUGCCACCCUGAUGUUACAGAAUCGAGCUGUGGCCACCACACCUGAUUCAAGUGCCAAGAAAAUUUCAGUGAAGACAUUUCCUUCCAAUUCCAAUACUCAGGCCACACCAGAUCUCUUAAAGGGCCAGCAGGAGCUCACUCAGCAAACCAAUGAGGAGACAGCCAAGCAGAUCCUUUACAAUUACCUCAAGGAAGGAAGCACCGACAAUGAGGAUGCCACUAAAAGGAAAGUCAACCUGGUCUUUGAGAAAAUCCAGACUCUAAAGUCUCGAGCAGCGGGGAGUGCCCAAGGAAAUAGCCAAGCUUCUAAUUCUUCAUCUGAAGUCAAAGGUCUGUUGGAACAGAAAAACAAGCUGACUUUAGAAGUGGCUGAACUUCAGAGACAGCUGCAACUAGAGGUGAAGAACCAUCAGAACAUCAAAGAGGAGAGAGAGAGAAUGAGAGCGGACAUAGAAGAGCUGUGUGGCCAGCACAGGAGCAAGGUGGAAGAGAACUCUGAGUUGCAGCGACGGCUGGAGGAGAGCGAAGGCGAGCUGCGGAAGAGCUUGGAGGAGCUGUUCCAGGUGAAGAUGGAGCGGGAACAGCACCAGACUGAGAUCAGAGAUCUGCAGGACCAGCUCUCAGAAAUGCAUGAUGAACUGGACAGCACCAAGCGAUCUGAGGACAGAGAGAAGGGAGCACUGAUUGAGGAGCUGCUGCAGGCCAAACAGGACCUUCAAGAUCUACUCAUCACCAGAGAGGAGCAGGAGGAUCUCUUGAGAAAGCGGGAACGGGAACUGACCGCCUUGAAGGGUGCCCUGAAGGAGGAGGUUUCUAGCCAUGACCAGGAGAUGGACAAGCUGAAGGAGCAAUAUGAUGCUGAGCUGCAGGCCCUCCGGGAGAGUGUGGAAGAGGCAACCAAGAAUGUUGAGGUCCUGGCAAGUCGGAGCAAUGUUUCAGAGCAGAACCAGGCUGGGGCUGACCUGCGUGAGAAAGUUCUGAAGGAGGAGAAUGAGAAGUUGCAGGGAAGGAUUACGGAGCUGGAGCGCAGAGAGGCCCAGCUGCAGAGGCAAAUGGAGGACGUGAAGGGCGAUGAGGCUCACACGAAGGAGACACUGCGCAAGCGCGAGGGUGAAGUGCAGCAGCUAGAAGAAGCUCUUAUGCAUGCCAGAAAGGAAGAAAAAGAAGCCACAUCUGCCAGAAGGGUCUUGGAGAGGGCUCUGGAGCACACUCAGAGAGAGCUGAGCCAAACCUCCCAGGAACAGAAGCAGCUUUCAGAGAAGCUGCAGGAUGAGGUGGAGCAGAAGGAACAGCUGAGAAGGCUGAAGAAUGAGAUGGAGAACGAGCGAUGGCACCUGGACAAGACCAUUGAGAAGCUGCAGAAGGAGAUGGCUGACAUUGUUGAGGCCUCCCGUACAUCCACCCUGGAGCUGCAGAACCAGCUGGAUGAGUAUAAGGAGAAGAACCGCAGGGAGCUUGCAGAGAUGCAGAGGCAGUUGAAGGAGAAGACCCUGGAGGCUGAAAAGGCCCGGCUGGCAGUCCUGAAAAUGCAGGAUGAGAUGCGCCUGAAGGAGGAAGAGUUACGGGACUACCAGCGAGCUCAGGAUGAAGCUCUCACAAAAAGACAGCUUCUAGAACAGUCACUGAAGGACCUGGAGUAUGAACUGGAGGCCAAGAAUCACCUCAAAGAUGACCGCAGCCGACUCGUCAAGCAGAUGGAGGACAAAGUUUCUCAGCUGGAGAUAGAGCUAGAAGAAGAAAGAAACAACGCAGAUUUGCUGUCUGAGAGAAUCACUUGGAGCCGGGAGCAGAUGGAGCAGAUGAGGAGUGAGCUGCUUCAGGAGAGAGCCGCGAAGCAAGACUUAGAGUGUGACAAGAUUUCCCUAGAGAGACAGAACAAGGACUUAAAGAGCCGGAUUAUCCACCUGGAAGGUUCCUAUAGGUCCAGUAAAGAGGGCCUGGUGGUGCAAAUGGAGGCCAGGAUUGCAGAGCUGGAGGACCGGCUGGAGAGCGAGGAGAGGGAUCGGGCCAACCUUCAGCUCAACAAUCGGCGGCUAGAACGGAAGGUGAAGGAGCUGGUGAUGCAGGUGGACGAUGAACACCUGUCACUGACUGACCAGAAGGACCAGCUGAGCUUGCGCUUGAAAGCCAUGAAGCGGCAGGUGGAGGAAGCUGAGGAGGAAAUUGACAGGCUGGAGAGUUCUAAGAAGAAGCUGCAGAGGGAGCUGGAGGAACAGAUAGGUGUGAACGAGCAGCUUCAGGGGCAGCUCAAUUCCAUGAAGAAAGGCUUAAGGCUUAAGAAGCUGCCGAGUAAAGUGCUGAAUGACACGGAUGAUGAUGACGACCUCAGCAGUGAUGGGGGGAGCCUCUAUGAAGCACCACUGAGCUAUACUUUUCCCAAAGACAGCACCAUCGCCAGCCAGAUCUGAGUCCACUUCCAGGCCUGUCCAAGUGACCCAUUGCUCCUGACCAGGCUCUGCAGUCACCCAGAGCAGGAAGCAGCAAAGGGAGUUUGCAAAUGAAGUCAGACCACAGCUGCCACCUCACCUUCCUCCCCAGGGUCUCUACAUGAUUGAGUGGCUUGGAUCUUAUAUAGGGAGCUAUGUCAGUUUAAAGAGAGCAAUAGGCACCACCACCUAACUGGAACAUUUUGGAAAAUACAACGUGAUAAGAUGAAGCCCUUGUCCUGCACCCCAUAUCUAUCACCACCUUUCCCCACCCAGAGAUAGGUCCCAAAGCCCCAGCUGUUCUGUGAUCGCCACUGUGUAGGGAGGAAAUGAUGUAUAGGCUGUACAUAUUUUAAACCAGACCUUCUUAGGGACUGCUGCUGUUCCAUUCUGGAAUGUUCCAGAGCCUUCAGAGUGUGGCUUCUUUGUAAAGUUCACACAUCUAUAUUGAGUAUUCUUCUUUUGAAAUAUGAAGUUGCCAGAUCUUAAGUAUUAAAAAGCAGAGGCAAAGCGGGGAGAGUGGACACCACUCUGGAAAUUAGAAUGGGAUAAAGUAAUUGUCGUGGUGACAAUUAGCCCAGGGGAUCACUGUUCAGGCUGUCUGGUAAAGGUCAGUUUUAUCUUGGGCUGAAUCUGUGGCCUUUGUUGCUUAGUUCCUCUAGGAUUAGAAUUCCUGAACCAUACUAAGACCAGUUUCCACUCACCAGUUUCUUUUACACAGGUGGAAUGGGGAGAGAGGUUUUUAACAAGUGCUAUGUUUCUGGGAGGGCAAGGCUGUUGUCAUGUCUCAUUGGUCCAUUCUUACAUGGCAGGCCUCCAAGCUAUGCUCUCUCAGGCCUGGAAUGGGCUGAGUAGGGCUUAGGUUUGAGGAUGGAGUGGGACGUGUGCAGUAAGUUCAUGGGCUGAGGGAGAGGGGAUAAGCAGGUAUGGGACUGGUGUGAGAAGGAAUUCAGAUACAUGCUUGAGAGCUAGAGGAUGUGUGUGUGGGGCGGUUGAGCUGGAGCUCAGAGUGAUGGUGAAGAAGGAAGGAAUCAGGGUGCCUACAAACCAGAGGGCUCCCCCAACUUCCAGGCACGUGAUGGCAGGAAUAGGUGAGGUUCUGGAGCAGGGACAAGAUGCCAAGGUGGAAGUACAGGGUCAUGGCUUGGGAGGCUUCUGGGUAUCCCUGUACUUCUUCCUGACCUACCUGUGUCACCUCAUACUGUGAUAGUCAUCAGGGAAAGGACUUUGUGAGUUGGCUACAUGUGUAGGGCAGAGAUGGAGGGGGCUCAGCUGCUUCAGCAGUGUCCCUAAACUUCCUGAUAGGGGGAAUACAACGUGAUAGGAUGAAGACCUUGUCCUGCACCCCAUAUCUACCACCACCCUUCCUGUGAACCAGGUUGCCAUGGGGUUCUGCUCAUUGCAGGUCAGAGAGGUCAUUCAGUUGGAUUCAGAGUGAUGGAUUUUGAAGGAUAAACAUUGAAUACCAGAGAACCAAGCCCUCCUCCUUCUCCCCUGAGUCACUGUCACCCUCACCACAGCUGGAUUCUUGCCUCUGCCUACUUGCUGAAUAUAGAGAAAUUUCUCGUUUUAGCCAUUCCUUCACUUAAUAAAUAUGUACUAUGCACCAAAGUGUGUCUGGCACAGUCCUCAGCACGGGGAACACAGCAUAGAAUAGAAGUGGAAACUCUGUCCAUGAGGCUGGGGAUGAGGCUCAGUUGGUAGAGUGAUUGCCUAGCAUGCACGAAACCCUGGCUUCCAUCUCCAAUACUGCAUAAUCAGGCGUGGUGACCCACGCCUAUAAUCCCAACACUCAGGAGGUAUUGGCGGGAGAAUCAAGAGUUCAAGGUCAUCCUUGGAUAUAGCAUUGAGUUCCAAGCCAGCCUGGGAUACAUGAGACCCUGUCUCAAAACAACAGAACAACCUCUGUCCUCCUGUAGCUCAGGUAGGAGAGCAAGGGUGAUAAACAACAGUCAUACAAGUCAACAUGCAGGCCAAGCCCCUCCAUAUCCAGCCUCAGAGCCCUGUGUCCUCCUUGGAACCUGAUAAACCUGUGGUUGGUUGGCUCCCCAGAACAUGUAGCAAUUCUUUGACUCCUAGAAUGUUCUUGUGCAUCGCUAUUUGCAAUAGGCCUUCCAAAUGCUUCAGCCUACUCACCCCAGAGAUUUGGGGGAGAAAGGUCAAGUUUGGAAGGGAGAAGAAAUUUAUUUUGAAGAAAUCAGUCACCCCUCAUUCUAGUUGGUUCUUUCUGAUAGCCACAAGGCUGGUUACAGGAAGAAAAAAAUGUCUCCUGAAAAGAGAACAGAGACCACCACUGGAAACAGUUGUGCUCACCUGAAACAGGGCUGCUAGACAGGGUGAGGACUGAGCUCUCAUAUGCUGGAGUGGGGUUGGCAGUGGGGGAUACGUGCAGUGCAGCUGGGUGGAGCGACAUUGGACUGGGAUUUAGAGAUGUGUGCAAGUCGUGCUUAUCUCCUUACCUGUGGCCUUGGUGGAGGGAUGAGAUGAGGGCUGGGGCCCUAGGUCCUUCUCAGUUUGAGCAUUCCUUGAUUUUAUUAUAUAUGUGUGGGUUUUGUUUUGUUUUUUUUUUUUUGGUUUAUUGCUUUAAGAACGAUCAGCUCAAGAGUAUUUUCUUUAGCUUAAAAAUAUUUUAUGUAAGAACAUGCAUGUGGCCAAAUGCAUUGCUGAGGAGACAAUCACCAUAUGCCUUUUAGGAAUUUUUUCUUGCUUUGGAGUGUCAUUCCUCCAUGACAGUUGACAUGCUCUGUUGGGAUUUUUCCUGGUAUGGUUUGGUUGCUAUGCAUUGCCAUGGGGACAAGGCAUUCUUGUUCCAGCUACCUCCAUGUAAGUGACUUCCUGGAUAAAGCACGAUUUCCUUUCAAUAAACUGUUACCUGACAGGAA